AUGCUAUGCCAACCAUGCGUGGCGGUGUUGGAUGAGCCCAAGUACUCGGAUCUAGCCUCCACGUAUGUUAGGAGCUAUCUUCCCAACAACCUGUACAAAGACCUGCAGCCGCUUCAUGAGGACUUCCACUCUUUGCGGACGUCUUUGGCGAGUGGCUGCGGGCUAUGCCACCGUUUUGUCGACGCCCUCGUCAACGAUGGCAAAAGCAAGAUCAUCACGCCCGCCUUGGAAUGGUGCGAUGGUGUCGAGGCAGACCGAGCAUCUGUUGGCGUUCGCUUGAGCCAUGAGCACGAGAGCCAGAGAGUGAUAGGAUGUAUGGCCGUCUUCAAGGCAUGGAAAGGGGAUCAAGAAAAAUUAUUGUCAGAGUUACCAGCUCCAUCAGCCAACAACGAUGUGGACUCCUCGUCCAUAGAUGUCAUCCGAUCCUGGGUCAAGAACUGCGAGACAACCCACGAUGCCUGCCGCAAGAAUCACGAGACGAUAUCGGGCCGUCGCUUUGCACGGAUUUUAGAUGUUGGAACAGACAUCAGACUCUGCUCUGGAGUCGACCUUCCAGCCGACAUCCGUUACACUACGCUCAGCCAUUGCUGGGGCCAAUCUCAAGACACCAUCCCAUCACUGACCAAAGAACAGUACGCCGCCUACUUCAAGCGGAUAGCGUUUUCGGACCUUCCACAGACUUUCAGGGACGCCGUUCAGCUUACUCGCAGGCUUGACGUCCAAUACGUCUGGAUUGACUCGCUGUGCAUCAUACAAGACUCCCGAGAGGACUGGCUCGACCAAGCAGCCGUGAUGGCAGACAUAUACCAGCGGUCGUGGCUAAAUAUUGCCGCUACUAAGGCUAGUAACCCUCACGGUGGCCUGUUCACAGCUAGGAACCCUGUCUUGAUACAGCCUCUGCGUGUACCCGUCCGCUCGAAGGAAAAAUCCGGAAUAUCUGGUAUGCCCCCAUGGGAGGACCCUUUCCUCAAGAUCGACAAUAACCGCAUCUUCAUCUCCACUUGUAUUCGCCCGCCUCUCCAGGCCAACCUGGAUUCACUCCUCGGGAACAGCAAUGGUAGCUUUCGUCGAGGUGGUGUCAACUUUUCCUUCAGCGCGCGGAACGUAGAGCUUCACGAGUAUGAAUUACGAACGGAACUGCGGGAUACACAUGGCCAAUGGAACGCUUCCAAGAUUGACAUCAGGUCACUUUUUGUACCAUCUGCGGAGUGGGAGAGCUUGGAAUUGACGAUGCCUGCCACGUUAAGAAUCCUAUUCCACUCAGAUACAGCAGAGUCACAACAAGAUCUCAAUUCGUUUCUCGGAAACACUAACGGCCAAUUCGACUGGUCGGGCUCCAACUUCCAGUACAGUGCCAGGAAUGUGGGUAUGCAGAACAGUAUGCUGCUUGCAGAGUUGCGCGCACUGGAUGGAGAGUGGAGGAAGAGCUUCAUCAGUCUUGAACGAUUGCGCUCUGCCAGAUCUUCAGGCACCCGUUAUCUUUAUGAUGUGGGUGACGACCCAUACGUUGACUGGUCCAGCGAGAUUUCCCAUGCCAAGCUGAUGUGCCGUGGCUGGGUGGUCCAAGAGCGCUUCCUCGCGCCUCGAGUGGUUGAUUUCGCGAAGCGUCAGCUGCUGUGGGAGUGCUCAUGCUCUCGAGACAUGGAAGCAAAGCCAGAAGAUAGCAUUGAAUCUGCCCACUCGACGCUCCACCCGAUCAAAGCGGGUUUCAAAUCGUGGGACAUCUUCUCCGACAAGGUGAUUGAACCACUGGAGCCCAGAGAUCUUGGGGUCAAUUAUGUCUGGUCGUCCAUCAAAGCGCUGCUCGACAAUGACAAGGUUGCAUUGGUCAAGUCCGAUCUUCACGACGAACCCUCGGCCAAAGAAAAGGCAAAAUCGACAUGCUACGGCCUGGACUUGUGGACGCCUACGCACCCGCUGAUCACGUUCUGGUCAGAGAUCGCUCGUAUGGAUAGUGGUUGCGAUCUGAGCUUUCCCACAGACCGACUUGUUGCCAUCUCCGCCAUAGCACGUCUGCUUCAUAAACGAUCCGGUAUGCGGUACGUCGCCGGGCUGUGGGAACAUUAG